GCGCACGGCAGCCGCUGCAAUGGCGGUGCCGGGCUCCUUGAAUAGGUAUCUGCUGCUCAUGGCACAGGAGCACCUGGAGUUCCGCCUGCCGGAAAUAAAGUCUUUACUAUCACUUUUUGGAGGCCAGUUCAUUAACAGUCAGGAAACUUAUGGAAAGUCUCCAUUUUGGAUUCUUAACAUUCCCUCUGAAGAUAUUGCCAGAAACUUAAUGAAACGGACAGUGUGUGCCAAGUCUAUAUUUGAACUAUGGGGUCAUGGAAAAUCUCCUGAGGAGCUGUAUACUUCUCUUAAAAAUUACCCUGUGGAGAAGAUGGUUCCAUUUCUACAUUCAGAGUCUACAUAUAAAAUAAAGAUUCAUACAUUUAAUAAAACAUUGACUCAAGAAGAAAAAGUCAAACGAAUAGAUGCCCUUGAAUUUCUGCCAUUUGAAGGAAAAGUGAACUUAAAGAAACCACAGCAUGUAUUCUCUGUUUUGGAGGACUAUGGUUUGGACCCAAACCGCAUCCCUGAGACUCCACAUAAUAUUUAUUUUGGUAGAUGGAUUGCAGAUGGGCAAAGAGAGCUAAUUGAAUCAUAUAGUGUCAAAAAGAGACAUUUUAUUGGAAAUACAAGUAUGGAUGCUGGCUUAUCGUUCAUCAUGGCCAACCAUGCAAAAGUGAAAGAAAAUGAUGUUGUCUUUGAUCCGUUUGUUGGAACAGGUGGGCUCCUGAUCGCAUCUGCUCACUUUGGCGCUUAUGUGUGUGGGACGGACAUCGACUACAACACGCUUCAUGGCUUGGGAAAAGCUAGUAGAAAAAACCAGAAAUGGCGAGGACCAGAUGAAAACAUCAGGGCAAAUCUUCGUCAAUAUGGCUUAGAGAAGUUUUAUCUUGAUGUCUUGGUUUCAGAUGCCUCUAAGCCUUCUUGGAGGAAGGGAACGUAUUUUGAUGCAAUCAUCACAGAUCCUCCAUAUGGUAUCAGAGAAUCUACAAGAAGGUCAGGUUCACAGAAAGAAAUACCAAAGGGAAUAGAAAAGUGUCCAGAAAGCCACGUUCCCGUCUCCUUGAGUUAUCAUCUGAGUGAUAUGUUUUUUGACCUGUUAAACUUUGCAGCUGAGACCCUCGUACUGGGUGGAAGACUAGUCUAUUGGUUACCAGUAUAUACACCGGAGUACACUGAAGAGAUGGUGCCCUGGCACCCUUGCCUGAAACUUAUUAGCAAUUGUGAGCAGAAGCUUUCCAGUCACACAGCAAGGCGCUUGAUCACAAUGGAGAAGGUGAAGGAAUUUGAGGACCGGGACCAGUAUUCACACUUGCUGAGUGACCAUUUUCUACCAUACCAAGGUCAUAAUUCCUUCCGUGAGAAAUAUUUUAGUGGUGUGACAAAAAGAAUUGCCAAGGAAGAAAAAUCCAGCCAAGAAUGAAAAUCAUGACGUUAACAAUCAAGAAAGAAUAAGCGUUUUAUAGAAACGACCUGUGCUGUUUAAAAUUUUUAUAUAAAUUGCUAUAAAUCAAAAUCGAAUAAUUUCAAAAUGAUCUUUGCUUUAGAGACUAUUUUGAUGUGUCUUUUGAACCUGGUUAAGUUCAGGGACUGAUACAUAUAGAUGGAGUCGGUGUUUAUAUUUUUACAGAGAAAAUAUUGUUAACUUUUAAGCCAUAUUUGCCAGAUAUAUAGUAAGCAAUUAGUAGUCCUUUAGAAUAUUUUCAUUUUGUAAAUUUGCUUGGCUUGGUUUUUAGUUGUAGCUGUUUUUCAUUGCCAUCAAUAAACUUUACUGAGAAUUUCUAAA